AUGGAUGGUGCCUUUACUGCGAUGCCGAGGCAGGCUCGCGUCUUCGAGUCGAGCCUGCACAUUCCUUCUCACAACACCGCCUUUUUCGAGAACCUAGUCCAUAACAACUUGAACCAAAUCUGCCGCGAUUUUCUCAAAAUGAGCGCCGAAUCUCCUCCUACGCCCCCGGCUGCUGGCCCGCUGCUCUCGGAAGAAUCGGCCACCCUCCUUCGGGAGCUAGGAGACUACUUUACCCGUACAGCUCAGAUGUGGUCGACAAUGACACAAAGUAUGCUCCAAGGGCCGCACAUUGACCAGGUUGCCUACGAUGUCAACACGCGCUCUGAUCGGCGAACGCACAUGGCCGACAUGUCUACCGUUGCUGCUGUUGAUCUUGAACUGGGACGUUUACGGAAAAUAAGAGACCUGACAACCAAGUUCUCCCAAGACGUUCAGGCUGCAUGGCGCCCCGAUGGCAAUGCAUUAGACUCGUCUUCGUCGGGUCAAGGCACCCGUGCUGCGUAUCUGCCCUUUGGCAACAUGCUAUCCUCACCAAGCCAAGAUGCUCAUUAUGUUAGCCAUAGCCAACCUGACGGCGAAAGCUUAAUCACCUUGGCCGGUGGCGUGGCUGAGCAGAUGGAUCUUGGCAAGGAAGAAGACUCAGACUCUGAUUCUGGCGAUGAGGAGCUCUUUGACAGCAUUGACAUGGAGGCCCUCAAGCAGAGAGGCAAAGGCUCGCACACCUGCCCCAAAGGCCUAAGAUGCGACAAAGGCGGCGUCGACAAGGACGGCAACGUCAUUAUCUUUGACCGCAACUCGUCAUUUGCGUAUGUGCCCAACCCCCUUACAUUCCCGUGGCAUGCAAGGCACAUGGCCGACGGCCGCAAUACAUGCAGACCAUACUAA